AUGAUUGAAGAAGACUAUUUUGACAUCAUUUGGGAUUGUUCAAUAAGCUGUCCUGAGGCCUCUAUUCAGCCAUCGAAAUGGGGUGAUGCUUUUCAGUUGUGUACGUUUUCUGAUGCGGUCGCUGCUUUAUGCAAAAUUGAGUUAAGUACGGACCACGAUCUUUCCGCGGCAAAGUAUGCACGAGAAUUGUUUCUCCAAAGUAUUUCGCCCACGAAGGAACAACCAGUUGUAUCGAACUACGAUUACUUGAUGUAUAUCAAUCGACUUGCCGGUAGGGUAGCUGGUGAUCCCACCGCUUGCGCGAUCUUACCUUGGGUAACUGAUUUCUCUGCACCUGACGGCGGCAAUUUUCGUGAUCUGACCAAAACGAAAUUCCGUCUGACUAAGGGCGAGCAUCAACUUGACGCCACAUAUGGCAGCGGAAAGCGGGAAUGGCGCUGUCCCGGUGAAAUUCACGCGGUCGACUUACCCACAUCAGUUACUUUGCCUUCACCGUCAACAUCGUUAUUGGAAGAGAAAAUAAAUUUGUGUAGCAAAGACAGGAGUGUUUUACGUGGGGAACAAUUUUUGCCCCACCAUCUUCUUGAUAUGAUGCCAAAUCUUGCCUACUAUACCUAUAAGGCUCGACAGACCUCCGUAGAAACAUUGCAGCGUCAUGUUCGGCCUGUCUACCGCCCCGAGGAAUUCCCCACCAGCCUUCAGCGCCUUUGCGCAACUACACCAGAAGAAUGUAUUCCAGAAUUUUUCACCGAUCCCACUAUCUUCACCUCUAUUCAUCCUGAUAUGCCUGAUCUUCAAUUGCCUGAGUGGUUUUCUGGUUCGGCAACCGAAUUCCUUGACUACCACCGACGUCUUUUAGAGUGUGACACCGUCUCCGCAAAUCUUCACCACUGGAUCGAUCUUACCUUCGGUUAUAAACUCCUUGGUGAGGCGGCUGUCGAAGCAAAGAAUGUUCAUCUCGAGUUGGUUUCACCGAAACCACCGUCCAACAGUAGAGUAACAUGUCUUUUUUCGGCACCGCACCCACGGCGCGCAAUGAGUGCUGAUGACUUAAUCGAAGCCUACGAGGAAGCAGCCGAAUUUUUUGUAAAAAUGUGUUCUUCGCGACCUCCGGAGUUUAAAAAGGUUAAACAGAUAACAUCGCAGUCCUCAAUCGAUGUUCUUUUAAAGAGAGACUUGGAGGAUCUGGGGUGCUUGAUUAUUGAAGCAGCUAUUGGAAGUGCUGUUCCAGGUGUAAUACCUAAUCUGGGAAAUGCUAGAGGACCUGGCCGUUUGGAUCAUGCCCGACACCUAUUUACGACCUACAAUUCUCUACUCCCAAGUGGUCUUACGAAAGCCGUCAAGCUAUUACUUUCCGACUCUCCUUGGGAUUUGCCAAUAAGUCUACUUCGUCGAUGUGUUUUUGAUUUUCCUCUACCGAUAAUCGAUCUGUAUCGCACACUUAUCGGGCUGCGUGGAUGUGAGUCGAGGCUGAACCAGCUGCACUUUGACGACGGUCCAUCGCCUGGCACUCUAUUAAGUGUGUUCCUUUCAGAAAAAGCAACACCUCACAGGCUUGACUGUCCAUUAGGUGUUCUACAUCUUCUGACCUCCAUGCUAGAAAGGUCCAUCGGUGCUUCUCCCUCGUGUGCCAUUGAUGGGCUUGUAUCUAGGCGGCUUGUGCAACUUUAUUUGGCUGUUGGCGGGAAAGUGGCGGUAGAACAAGCCAUCCUACCUCUGGUGCAGCGCCUCUUUAAGCUGUCUGCUCUUUCCCAAGCAUCAAAUCGAAUCUGCUCUAGGCGCUUCAUUCGCGACUGUUUGCUGUCCGUCAGAUUACCAGUUUUCCUCUCCACGGUACCUGAUCUCCUGGCUAUGAGUCUAAUUUCUCCCUGCAGUUCUUCCGUCAACGUAGCCCCUCCCGAGGCCCAUGAAGUUCCGCUUGCUGACUGUUCUCAGACCACCAUGGAUUUUUUUAGAGCCUUUCUACCAGACCUCGAAGAUGGAGAAAACGCCAGUACUAGUGUCCCGCCAGUUGCUGCUGCUCAGAACAGCCUCCUGUGGCUUGCCACAACCCUAGGCCCCCUUAUCACCGGUGAGCAUCUUAUCCCCUCUCUUUUAAGUGCUCUGGCAAUGAGUUAUAAUGGGGAGGAACAGUUAACCGUCGUUACCAUUGGGGAGACAGCCACACGUUUAAAUUACCGCAUCCCGAAAUGCCCUCUCCCUAUGCCUGUUUACACUUCGGGCAAGGUGCUUCGUGGCGACACUAUGGUCACUGGCAUUCUACGCUGCCUGGAGCGCCUGGCAUGUCUUUAUGGUGUGGAGAUCAUUAUUCGUCUCUACAUACCUGCAGUAGAACGAGCCGUUACUACUGCAUUAUCAACGCUUCGGACCGGUGCGAAUCGCACCCUCUCCGCUCAAUCCUGGGAUACGGAUUGUGAGGCUCGCCUCAUCUCGUCACUUGUCUUCCUCCAACAGUUUAUUACCUACUUGCCUGCUCGUUAUCUCAUGGACUACCUUCAGGAGCCGAUUCUUUCUGUCUGCCUGACAGGCGCCUUGACUACGGCUGGCCGAGUAGACAUGUGUUUCCCGAGCGGAAUUCGUGGCCGAUUGGCUCUGCUCUACAAGGUUAUAGAUUGUGUCUACGUCUUGGGAAUCCGGUUGGGCUUCGAGAUAAUGCGCAGUCAGAUGACUGAACUAAUUCAACUUCUGUUUGCGUUGUUUGAUCGGUCGAUUGCAACGGGCAUGUCCGAUACCUUUGAAGAUGCAAAGGAACCCGUAGAUGCGCCCGUCUGUUUCUUCUCACCAGAAUCGGAUGAGGACUCGGUAAACACAGUGACCGAACCGGCACCUGAGCCAAAUCAAUAUGCACGAUCUCCCCCCAAACAACACCAGACUCCCUUAUUUGUCGUAAAACUGGACCGCCACACGUCGUCUGUGACCGUCGCCAAGGAGAAGCAGCAAGAGCCUCUUCCCUUGUCCCCUUGUCUCUCGAGUUCCCUCACUGAGCCCGCCUUGACCCUCACCUCUGCCGACAACGAGUCGUCCUCAAAGGGUGGGGCAGCGUCGCGCCAACAGAGACCCGCAGUUCUGGAUGAACUACAAGCUACCUUCACUCCUGAGCUCGCCCACAUGGCAUACCUACCACUCUGUCGCUUGACGGGUGGGAGUCAUAUUGAAUCCAGUCUUUACAAUAUUGAACUAAUUCGCAACUUGGUUACGCAGCACGAAAAGUACUUAAAUGACCGUGAGAACAGUGAUGCAGCCUCAACCCUACUUCAGCCGUCUGAUGGAAGGUCGAAAGUCACAAUCAACACCGAAUAUGAAGCCAAACUGGCGGCCAGUUCGUCUGUGAGCAAACCUUCAAUGACACAUCUUCACGGUGAUUGGAUCGAAUAUUUCCGCGUAAAAGUUGAGUCCUCAUCUUCAUCCUUAGGAAACUGUCCAUCCUCUUCCCAGCGCCCCCUCCUUUUCCAUGGCAAGCGCUUAGUGACCUUUGCAGGUCACAGCGGAUCGGUGAGGUGCAUAACCACACUCCCGAACGAGAGCAGUUUCGUCACGGCAAGUAGCGAUCGUUCUGUGCAGCUGUAUUCCAUGACGACAGCUCGGAGUCAAGUGGCUGCUUCCUCGAGAAGGCGUUCUUCGGAGAGCGGUGGAAAUUCACACCGACCGCCGACAGCUCCAUCUACGGUCACUCCUCCGAACUUUGUAUUUACUGAACAUCGGCGACCCGUCUUUGCUGCUACUUACUUGAAUUUUGAGCGCUUAGUAGCCUCGACUGAUGGGUCUCUUAUUCUCUGGGACCCAGCGACCGGUCAAAAGGUGUCUGUAUUUUUAACGUCGGGCGGCGUUGGAGACAAUGGCAAUCCUUCGGGAGCGUGUGUCUACCGUGGUUCUUGUGCUCUCCCCGCUCCCCUUUCCUCGAUUUGUGGUGCUCCUGCUUUUAGGAGUACCAUUGUUGCUGGAGAUGAGGCUGGUUUCUUGUUGGUCAUUGAUCCACGUGUUGGCGCAGGCGCAGUGGCCGCGGUUCUACGACUCAACGCAGCAAUCGGCUGUUCUACCGACCCCUGUCCUGCAAUGGGCCGCAGUGCACUCGUCAUCAAAGACUACAGACUGGAUCAGCUUACUGGGGAAUCCUCAGUGACUUCGCCAGGUGCUCUACGCUGCCUCUCGCCACGAGUGGAGGAUAAUAACUCCGUGUUGUGUGGCUUCUCCACGGGCCUCGUGUCCCAAGUUGAUAUUCGUUCUGGGGGCGUGGUCGCCACCUGGAGGGGCCACACAGAUUCUGUUUCUCAGAUCUUCAGCCACACAUCGGGUUGGUUUUCCUCGACCUCUGCAGAUCGUAGUGUGGCUUUUUGGCGUCUUUGUCCAAGUGCCAAAUUUGUCACAUGCAAUCGCACAAGUCAGCACCUUUCAUGUCCCCAGUCUGCUAUGACGGGUAUCACUUGUGCAGAACUCGACUACAACGAUACCUUGUUAGUCGCUGGUCCUGUGCAAUCGCCCUCGGAUUCCUCUCCUGUGGUUGUCUCUGGUGGCCUCUCCAAAUGUCUCUUUGGUUGCUAUGACAACCCCAGUGAUGAUGACACUGACCUCACAUUCCGAUUAGGCGGCAUCAUCGGCCUUGGGGGCGGCCAAUUAUCAGCGCUUGCGGUACUGCCAUACACGGGUUGUCUUAUCGCUGGAACAACUUCAGGACUGCUCAAUCUCUUCUACUAA